UGUAUGAUAUAUUGAAGAAAUACAUCAAAUGAUAACCUGUUAUUCAGUUUUCUUUUACACGUUCAACGUACGCACAAGAACUUCUGAAAGUGUUCUUACAACCACAUCCCUUCUAGAAUGACAGAAAAUCAGUUGCUUUCAAAUAUUUUGUGACCUGCUGUCACCUCGCCAAAUGUCUAAAAGAGGGGAAUUAGCUCAAAUGGUAGAGCGCUCGCUUAGCGUGUGAGAGGCAGCGGGAUUGAUGCUGGUAUUCUCCGUUACCUUCUUUACUGUCAGCAUCCACUACUUUUUGUUUGGUGGUUUGCUGAAACUGUUUGACCACUUAGUAGUCUUAACUUUUGUAAAAGAGCUCAGAAAAAGGUUUUAUUUAUUUGUCAUUUUUAAUGUUAAUCUACUCGACAAUAAAGGUUCUGUAAAAUAGACUGACCAUCGACAGUCAUGUGUAUGCACGUAGCCUAUUCAUUUAUAUUUUAGCAUAUCAUUAGUUGAAUAUUUAUGCAUAUUAAAAAUUCUGUGCGCUGUGCACACACAUUAACAACACAUCGUGGCCACCUCUAGACAUCCCUCUGCCACCUCAGUUAUAAUGAUGAAUAAUGAAUCCUUCCCUCUGGUCCCAGUAGCAUCAUGAACAGUCUCUCAUCUAAUCUGGGUUAUUUAUUUAUCCACUAAUGUGAAAACAGAGGCCUGAAACCUCGGUGUACUCUAAAAGUGCUGCAGUCAAACUGAGACAUGUAAAAGGUCAUUGAUGCUUUUUAUCUCCUCCAGACUUCACUACUCUAGAACGCGCUUUAUUCAGGUCUAAGCAGGCAAAACCUCCAAAGACUACAACUUCUAGAAAAUGCUGCUGUCAGGCGUUAACAGACUCUAAGAGAAGCGACCAGACUGAUCCUCGCUCCUUCUCGCUCUUAAAGCCUUGCAUGGUCGGGUUACUCGCCCCGUAUGAGCCUGAUUGCUGCUUCGGAUCCUCCAGCAGGGCUGAGUCUCAGGGAGGAUAUCUUCUUUUAAAUCUCUUCUUUAAACUCAUUUUUAUCUUGUGUCUUUUUCUUAACUGAUGCACCUUCCACCAACAAGGCAACUCAAAGAAUUUCACUGAAUAAGAGAAGUUUAAGACGAGAUGAGCAGCAGUGAAACACACCAAAGAUACCGUGUGUUCUGGAGUCGUCCCUCCAUUCGUACCUGCCGGCAGGAGCUUAAAAAGUGUAAAGUGGAUAAAAUACUGAAGUCAUGUUAACCUUGGCCGCCCUCUCACUCCGCCUCGGGGCCUCUGGUUGCCGAGGAAGCUGGCGCUCCAUGGCAACUGUUGUCUCUGGCAACAAGACGUCCAAGUUGGUGAGGGAGAGGCUGAUGAAGGAGGUGGAGAAGAUGAGGAGUCAGUUCUCUGGGUUCAGACCCAGUCUGGUCGUCUUACAGGUGGGAGACAGAGACGACUCCAACCUCUACAUCAGCACCAAACUGAAGGCUGCAGCCGAGAUCGGAAUUGAUGCGAAACACGUGAGGCUGCCGACCACGGCGACGCAGGACGAGGUGCUGCACAACAUCAUGUCCAUCAACGAGAACCCGUCCGUCCACGGUCUGAUCGUCCAGCUUCCUCUCGACUCCGUCAACCCCAUCGACAACGAGCUGGUCACCAACGCCGUCUCUCCGGAGAAAGACGUGGACGGUCUGAGUUGUAUUAAUGCAGGGAAGUUGUCUCGAGGUGAUCUGAACGACUGUUUCAUCCCCUGCACCCCCAACGGCUGCAUGGAGCUGAUCAGACAGACAGGUGUGUCCGUGGCGGGGAAACACGCGGUUGUGAUCGGUCGCAGUAAAAUCGUCGGAGCUCCGAUGCACGACCUGCUGCUGUGGAACCACGCUACUGUGACCACCUGUCACUCAAAGACCCCUGAUCUACCUGAGCAGGUGGGCAGGGCUGAUAUCCUGGUGGUGGGGAUGGGACGAGCAGAGAUGGUGAGAGGAGAGUGGGUGAAGGAGGGAGCCGUGGUCAUCGACUGUGGAAUCAACCACAUCCCAGACGAGACGAAGGCGAGCGGCAAGCGGGUGGUCGGGGACGUCCACUACGCCUCGGCCAAUCAGAGAGCAGGAUACAUCACACCUGUGCCGGGAGGGGUGGGGCCGAUGACGGUGGCCAUGCUGAUGGAGAACACGGUGCGAAGCGCUCAGAGGUUCCUGCUGAAGAAUCAGCCGCCAAGGUGAAACCGCAGGAAACAGUCAGACGUUAAACGACGGGAGCAGAAACGCUGCAGGAGGAUGAACAAACACGUCUCGACCUUUAAACUCAUCAGCAGCUGUUUGUUCAGGGAUCAAAGGUCGUUGUCACGGAAACAGCAGCGCAGACGCACCAGCUGUUUCCUGCUGAAGUUCAGGAUCAAAGUAUUGAUUAUUAAUAAAAAUGCACAAAUGUGAAGAUUUAUCCGAUACUGGAUUUAUAAUCAUGUUUUAAUGUUUAUAAUCUUUAUGAUUUUAUUUGAAGACUUCUGUAUCUGCUUCCUGCCAAUAAACUUUAUUUAUCUUA